AAAAAAAAAACUGGAUUUUACUACGGCAAAAUAGCAGCGGGAAGGGAAAUGUGAAAUUCCUCUUGUGGAGUGGCGGAAAUCACAGAGGGAAUGGAGACGAGAGAAGACCUCAAGUCGUUGCUACCAUUCUUGCCUCUUGUAGUUCGGUCGUCGAGCCUGUUCUGGCCGUCACGAGUUGUGGAAGCGCUUAAGGCACUCUCCGAAGGACCAGAUAUCAACAAUGUUAACUCUGGGGAAUCAUUAUUCGCAGCCAUUUCCGAUAUCAGAAAUUCUCUCUCUCUCUGCGCUGAACCUCUCGCUCCUUCUGCCCCAGAAGGUUAUUCCCUCUUCUUUGAUGAGCUGAUGUCCCGAGCUGAGUCCACGAAAUGGUUCGGAGAGGUUCUCCCAGCACUGGCAAAUUUGCUCUUGCGGAUGCCAUCGCUGUUACAGUCCCACUAUGAAAAUGCAGAUAAAUUUUUUAAUGGAGUUACAAAUGGCGUCAGAACUAGUCUUCGCUUGUUGGGUCCCCAGGUAGCUGGUAUAGUAUUCCUCAGCCAGGAAUUGAUUGCUGCUUUUCUAGCAUGUGCUUUCUUUUGUUUGUUUCCAGUCACUGAUAGAGGUGCAAAACAUCUUCCAACAAUCGAUCUUGAUCAUUUAUUUGAGGAUCUAUAUGAAAACUAUAGUGAAAAGCAGGAAAACAAAAUAAUGUGCAUUCUACACUAUUUUGAAAGGAUAUGUUCAUGUACACCUGGGGGCUUUGUCUCAUUUGAGAGAAAGGUUCUUCCUUGGGAACAAUUUCCUACAGGUAUUUCUUAUCCCGGGGCUGAUUUUUGGAACAAAUCUGUGGCACCACUUUGCUCUUUUGAGGUUCAUAAUUUAGGUUUCAUAGAAGAUCAAUCCAAUGGAGCUCUUGAAGUAGAUUUUGCUAAUAAAUACCUUGGAGGUGGUGCUCUUCAUAGGGGCUGUGUACAGGAAGAGAUCCGUUUCAUGAUCAAUCCCGAAUUAAUUGCUGGCAUGCUUUUCUUGCCUCGCAUGGAAGACAAUGAAGCCAUAGAAAUUGUCGGUGCAGAAAGAUUCUCUAAUUACAGAGGGUAUGCCUCUUCAUUUCGCUUUUCUGGUGACCAUGUGGACAGAAGGAAUGUUGAUAGUUUUGGAAGACGUAAUACUAGGAUUGUUGCCAUUGAUGCAUUAAACAAUCCAGGGAUGAGACAAUACAAACUUAAUUAUCUCCUUCGGGAGAUAAACAAGGCAUUUUGUGGCUUUUCUGACCUACCUAAAUGUAAUCAUUACAAAAGUUUUUUUCGAAACAGUGGUCCUCAAGGAGCACAGUCUGAAGAAGGUGAUGAAGAUGCAAAUGUUAUACCCAUGAAUAAGUACCUGGUGAGGGGUAGUGAUAUCAUUGAGGAUUCUGAUGAGACGUGCAGUUGGUGUCAAGACCAUAAACAUAAAAAUGGAAUUGCAACAGGGAAUUGGGGCUGUGGUGCUUUUGGAGGAGACACUGAAAUAAAGGCCAUUAUCCAGUGGCUUGCAGCUUCUCAGGCAUUAAGACCUGCCAUUUUCUACUACACAUUUGGCGUUGAGGUGCUGAGGAACCUGGAUAAGGUGAGCCAGUGGAUUGUGUCACAUGAAUGGACAGUUGGAGAUCUGUGGAAUAUGUUGGUGGAGUACUCAUCCCAGAGACUUAACGGAGAAACUAAUGUAGGCUUCUUCAAAUGGCUGCUUCCAUCCCUAUGCUGAGAUAAAGUCUCCCAUAAGAUAUUCUUGUAUAUUCCUUCAGAUUCUGUUAGUAGACCUUUUUUUUUGUCUACAGAUUGUAGGACAGGGGGUUUUGGGGGGAAUUGAACCCUGCCUGUGCCAUAAAAUUCCAGAUGCCUUUGCCAACUCAACUAAGAGUGGCCGGCAUUAGUAGACCAUCUCCAUGGUAAUGACAAGGCAGCUUCAGCUUCUUCUCUUUCUCUCUCUUGAAAGUAAGAAUGUCUGUAAAUUAUUGAAUUUUAUAAAUUUAUCUAAUAAGACCAAUUUAUGUUUACAUCA